CUUCCUGUCAACUUCCAGUGUUUACAUCUUGAUGGUGCAAUGCCGAACAACCACGCCCACCGGCUUGCGUAUUGCACAAAACUUACGGAAAGUCCUGACAUAGCAUGCAAUAGGCUAAAUUUACUUUAUAACGGACCUCUCUUGCUGCCAUUCGCAAAAUUUUGCUUAGUCGAUGAUCACGAUCAUCACCUGAUCACACACGGGUUUACCGUACAUUAUUGUAAUAUGCAGAUAUCUUGACGUACAGAAUAACUGUUUUCUUUUGUAUAAAUAAUCAAAAACAGGAGAAUUAUCAAUUUCAAGUUAACAAAUUCUAUUUGGAAUAGGUAAAAAUGCCCGGACGAGGAGGAAGGGGGAGGGGACGUGGACGGGGCCGGGGCCGGGGCAGAGGAGGAUAUCGUGGCGGUUUCCAGCAGGCGGACCACACGUCUCGGGCUCCCGAUGAGGUCGAAAUUGCGCUUGCCCCCGACGAUCUGGACAUAAACGGAAACGCUAGUAGUUACUUUAUGGGAAAUGUGACAUUUGACCAACAUUUCAAAGGUCAGGAAGCUAACAGAGACAGAUAUGCAGCAGCGAUGGAUGUGAUGGUUAAAAAUGGAGUGGAAAUACCGCUGAAUGCUCGUGCCAGGUCUUUAGCUGCUGCUUGGGCAAGGAAUGACACAGAUUUGUCUGAAGCCUUGCUGCGUUUGAAGGGAAGCUUCGGUCUAGUGGAGGUACUGAAAGCUGUUACCUUGCUGGAUGCAGGGCGAUGUGCCAGGACAGUGGAGAGGAGAAUAAGACAGCUUCAGAUCCAAAAGACUCCAGUCAAAUCAAAAACACUUGGAAAACUUAAAUCCGACCUGGAUAAUUUGCUGGUCCUUAAAACCUCAGCCGGAUCAGCUUCAGGUUCAGUCAGUAAACAUGUAAAGAAAUGGGUCCAAACCCUCACAGCUGAUGAACUGGAAUUCUACGCUCUACACUUCCCAACAGAACCAUGGAAGAAACUGGCUGAUAUUUGUCAUUUCAAACCUGAAAAGGAUUUCCAUAUGUUGCCAUGGUUUUUACCCUUCUGUUUUGGAGCAUCAGCCCCCGAGGGAUCCCUUGUUUUACACUGCCGCAAUGUGACAGCAGAAAAUGUCAAUGACCUUCUCAAAGAGUAUGCAAUUCCAUACAGCCACAUCAAACCACUCACCGACAAACUGACCGAUGAGUCUAAAGGUCGUGUGGCUCAUAAGGAGGUCAAACUGGACACAGCCUUAUGGUACUAUGAGGAUCUGCAGUGCAAGGAAGUUGACCAGGCUAUUCAGGGCAGACUGGACGCUGGUCAUAAGGUCACUCUGGCCACUGGAAAACUGAUGGAGAGGUUACUUGUCCUGCGGAUGAUUCGAGAGGGAAUAUCACUGCAGUCAUUGGAUGAGAUAUAUUUCAAAUGGGAUUGGGAGAGAUUACCUGAUGGUCCAGAUAUUUUUGAGAGGACCCCUGAUCACAGCAAGGCUUCAUUUUUCCAGAGCUUACUGAUACAUGCAGAGAAAAGACUUCAGGAUGUCAAUCUACCAUUGGAAGCUCCUAUUGUUGUGAUGGGAGAUGCCUCCGGGUCAAUGGAGGUGGCCAUCAGGACAAGCUCUAUCAUAGCAGGAAUUUUAACAGCCGUCACCUCAGCUAAACUAGUCUUUUUUGAUGACGAGAAUCGUGAAGCACCAUUCUUGCCAAAAACUGUUGAGGAAAUUUUGAAUCUUGCCAUAUCAACUAAUACCGGUGGGGGAACGACUCCCGCUGCCAGUCUAUACCCGUUCUAUAAACACAAGGAGACCGUGAAAACUUUUAUUGUUGUGACGGACGAGGAAGAAAAUGGUGAAGUGGAGGUAGAUGAGGAUGGGACAAAGACAAAAUACUUGUUCAGUAAACUGUUUAAGAGAUACUAUGAAGAAGUGUAUCCGGCCAAACUUGUGUUUGUGUCCUUUCUCGGCCAGACCCAGGAAGGACAGAUGGUCACAGAGCUCAAGGAGGCAGGCUUCCAACCUCUACAAUACAAGUUUGACAAGAACAGACCUGACCUGUCCAAACUUGACCGCAUGUUUGGACUCAUGUCCACGGAGACGGUCACUUUUGAUGAGGAAAUGGACCACGUGGAAAAGAGAAUUAAAACAGAAGGGCUGAAGAAAGUGUUUGAGAAACUGAAGAAUGAAACCUGAUGAUGUGGAAUUUUUAUUUUGAAUUUGUACAAAAUAACUAAGAUUUGUUUUCAUGUAAAGAAGUUAUGAUUGAUGGGGUUGCAUGUACAGUGUAUGUAUAUUUAUGUUCCUAUGAAUAUGUGAGAUGAGAGGAUGUCAAGUGUAGUUUUACUGAAAACAAUUAUUUAUUGUCACUUCCAAAUUUUAUUUUCAUUUUCAUUUUUCAUUUUCUAAUUAAUAAGUUGCAAUUGUUUAAGCAUAAUAUUAUUAUGAAAUUACAUAACGGUAUUCCUGAAAAUGGAGAGAUAUAAUUUACUAUAAUAAUCGAACAGUGACGGGGAUAGAUGCAAUAUACCAUGCCGUACCUACACAGUAGAUAAGGCCGUACCUACACAGUAGAUAAGGCCGUACCUACACAGUAGAUAUGGCCGUACCUACACAGUAGAUAAGGAAGGGAAGUAUUAUGACGGUGUUGCUGUCAGAUUUAUGAUGAAUUGGAAAGUAAUACACAUAAUGAACAAAAACAAUAAAGUCAAUGAGAUGUUCACCUUUGAAGUGUAUGCAUUUUACAUCAGCAAGUUUGUCAUUUUGACGGAUUUUAAAUUCUACGUAAAGGAGCUGUAAGGCAUCUCUGUACAGUCCCUAUAUACUGUUUUCAGCUGACCUGACGUAAAGUGCCUGUGUGCCUAUAUACUGUUUUCAGCUGACCUGACGUAAAGUGCCUGUGUGCCUAUAUACUGUUUUCAGCUGACCUGACGUAAAGUGCCUGUGUGCCUAUAUACUGUUUUCAGCUGACCUGACGUAAAGUGCCUGUGUGCCUAUAUACUGUUUUCAGCUGACCUGACGUAAAGUGCCUGUGUGCCUAUAUACUGUUUUCAGCUGACCUGACGUAAAGUGCCUGUGUGCCUAUAUACUGUUUUCAGCUGACCUGACGUAAAGUGCCUGUGUGCCUAUAUACUGUUUUCAGCUGACCUGACGUAAAGUGCCUGUGUGCCUAUAUACUGUUUUCAGCUGACCUGACGUAAAGUGCCUGUGUGCCUAUAUACUGUUUUCAGCUGACCUGACGUAAAGUGCCUGUGUGCCUAUAUACUGUUUUCAGCUGACCUGACGUAAAGUGCCUGUGUGCCUAUAUACUGUUUUCAGCUGACCUGACGUAAAGUGCCUGUGUGCCUAUAUACUGUUUUCAGCUGACCUGACGUAAAGUGCCUGUGUGCCUAUAUACUGUUUUCAGCUGACCUGACGUAAAGUGCCUGUGUGCCUAUAUACUGUUUUCAGCUGACCUGACGUAAAGUGCCUGUGUGCCUAUAUACUGUUUUCAGCUGACCUGACGUAAAGUGCCUGUGUGCCUAUAUAUUGUUGUGUGGCAUCUGUCAUGUGUAUUCCUUGUGUCAAUUUUAUACUUCUAUUACAACACCCAUAUUCAAUGUCAUAGGAAUAAAAAAAAUGUUAAAACAUAAACAGUGCUUUAUUUACUAUACAGUAACUAUGAGGCCUUGAGUACAGAUAUUUGGCCUGCAGCUAAAUUGCAUGAAGAAAUUAAAGAGCUACCCACUUUGCAUAACUGCCAUAUAUCCUCUUCAAUUGCUGAUACAAUAUACCGUACUUAUUGAAUUGAUUUUAGCUGCUUUAAAAAUAUGUUGUCAACACCAUGAAACAGCAAAUAAGCAACACUGCCCUUCUUGUUUAUCCUAGCAUGUGUUUGGUUAUAAUAUCUUAAGAAAAUAUAUUAUAGGGCAAAAGCUGUACUUAAUAAAUGGAAGUUUUGUUAGUUUUAUAUUUAACAGACCAGUGCCUAUUUUUAUGUUUUACUUGAAAGCCCAAGUUUUUUGUACAGAUCUAGACAUGGUGUUGAAGCGAUUCACUUGUAUGUUACACAUGUAGACAUAUUGUGAAGCGAUUCACUUGUAUGUUACACAUGUAGACAUAAUGUGAAGCGAUACACUUGUAUGUUACACAUGUAGACAUAAUGUGAAGCGAUGCACUUGUAUGUUACACAUGUAGACAUAAUGUGAAGCGAUUCACUUGUAUGUUACACAUGUAGACAUAUUGUGAAGCGAUACACUUGUAUGUUACACAUGUAGACAUAAUGUGAAGCGAUACACUUGUAUGUCACACAUGUACAGAUGUCAUAAAUAACACAGAAUCAAACAUUUAUUGACAGACUAUUAACGGUAAAUCCAAAAAUUCUUAAUAAAGGUGGUUGCUUGAGUAGGUUUACUAUAAUCAUCCUUAUCACAAAAAAACCUAUGUUUCCUGUUUGUUUUAUACUCCAUUUGACUGUAUAUCUAUGUCCUGGUAGUCAGUUGAUAUAGCUACUUUGUUUACAUAAUGUGGUAUUUGUGUUUUUAUAGGUUGCUCCUAUUCGGCGGAGUAACAUUUUGUAUUGUCAGAAUUUUUUCUUUCCAACUGGAAGGAGCCUGACAAUUUGUGAUGCCAUGUUAUUCUACCUCAGCCUUAAGAUGUACAUUACACAUGGGUAUAUGUCAAUAAAUAAUGACUUUGGCCAUGGGAAGUCUAUCCAAUAAACAGACCAGCUUUAAGUCUGUGUCCUUGUUGUGUUUUAUGAUAUUAUUGCAUAAUUCAUGUUGACCUGUGAUAUAUGAUAAUUUUUUGUACAAUUGAAUAAAAGAUAAAAUGGUA